AUGAUAUGUGUUAAAAAUAUUUUGAAAAGAUAUAAAAAUAGUCCCAUAAACGAAAUAAGUAGUAAUAGGAAAUAUUAUGAAGGGUCAGUUAUAAGAAGUAUAAAUUUUAGUACAUCAAAUUAUGGAAAUAAUGAAAAAAAAGCAAAUGAUAUUGAAAAGAAUAAGAAUGUAUCUAUAAAUCUUAAUGAAGGUAAUUUUUUACAAAAUGAAAUAUAUGAUACAGUUGUUAUAGGAGGAGGAGUAACAGGUACUGCUUUGUUUUUUUUAUUAUCUAAAUUUACUAAUUUAAAAAAGUUAGCUAUAAUUGAAAGAAGAGAUAAUUUUGCUUUAGUAGCAUCACAUGGAAAAAAUAAUAGUCAAACAAUUCAUUGUGGUGAUAUUGAAACAAAUUAUUCUUUUGAAAAGGCUAAAUUUAUAAAAAGAUAUGCUGAUAUGUUAAGAAAUUAUUUAACACAUAUACCUAAAGAAAAAAAAGAUAGCAUAUCAAGUGUUACACAAAAAAUGGUUUUAGGUGUAGGUGAAAAGGAAUGUCAGUUCUUAGAAGAAAGAUAUCCUGUAUUUAGACAAUUAUUUAAUUCGAUGAAAUUAUAUAAUAAAGAUGAUAUACAUGAGGUAGAACCACGGGUUGCUUUAAAGGAUUCUCAUACAUUAAGAGAAGAACAAUUAUCAGCAUUAUAUAUGCCUCCAGAAUUAACUACAUGUGAUUAUCAAAAAUUAUCUGAGACUUUUAUUGAAUCAGCACGUACAGUACCAGAUAAAACAAUAUCUAUAAAUUUAUUAACAGAAGUAAUUAAUAUUGAAGAAGUUAAUGAUAGUUUAUAUAAAAUACAUACAAACAAAGGAAUAAUUAAUUCACGUUUUGUUGUUGUAUGUGCAUGUGGACAUUCAUUGAUGAUUGCACAAAAAAUGAAUUAUGGAUUAGAAUAUAGUUGUAUGCCUGUAGCUGGAAGUUUUUAUUUUACUGAUAAUAUUUUAAAGGGUAAAGUAUAUACUAUUCAAAAUCCAGCAUUACCAUUUGCAGCUGUACAUGGAGAUCCAGAUAUUAUAGAAAAAGGAAAAACCAGAUUUGGACCAACAGCUUUACCUUUACCCUUAUUAGAAAGAGAUAAUAUAAAAACCUUAUUGGAUUUUUUAAAAGUAUGGAAUCCAGAUCUAAGUUUAUUUCAAGUAUAUUAUAAUUUAUUUAAAGAUAUGACAAUGUUAAAAUAUGUAGCACGUAACGUUUUAUUUGAAAUCCCAGUUUUAAAUAAAUAUUUAUUUUUAAAAGAUGUUAAAAAAAUUAUUCCAUCAUUAACCAUAAAAGACUUAACAUAUUGUGUUGGUUAUGGAGGUGUUCGACCACAACUCAUAAAUAAAAAAAGUAAAAAAUUAAUACUUGGAGAGGGAAAAAUCGACCCAGGAAAAAAUAUUAUAUUCAAUAUUACACCUUCACCUGGAGCAACCACCUGUUUAGGUAAUGGUGAAUUUGAUAUGAACACAAUAUGUGAAAGACUGAAUGCAAAAGUUAAUAAAAAUGAUGUAAAAAAAUAUUUAUAUGAAGGCGACUACCCCGUCAAUUAUUUAUGA